AUGAUUUUAAAAUCUGCUAAAGAAAACGAAACUCUUCCAACUAAAACACUAUCUAAUAUAACAAGACUGUUAAAAAGUAAGAUCCCUCUCAAUAAUCAAAAUCCUUAAACAUCUUUGCUUGAUGAUUAUAAAUUAGAAGCCUAAAUUGGACAAGGAUAAUUUGCUCAAGUUCGAAUUUGUCGAUCUAAAGAGAAUGGACAACGCUUUGCUAUGAAAAUAUAUUAAAAAUGUAAGUUAGAUCAGAAAACCUUAAAUGGAAUUCAUCGAGAGAUUUCAAUUCUAAAGUAGUUGGAACAUCAGAAUAUCGUUAAAUUACAUAAUUCUUUAGAAGAUGAAAAAUGUGUAUUAAAUUAUUAUAUUUAGAUUUACCUUCUACUUAAUUAUGCUUCUUCCGUAUCACUAGCCGAAUUUACUAAAGAUAGAUAAUUAUCAGAUCAACAGAUUAAAAUUAUAUUCAAAUAAUUGAUGAUGGCUGUUCAAUACUUACAUACAAAAAGUAUUUCUCAUAGAGACAUUAAAUUGGAGAACAUUCUUUAUAGUUAACAAAUAGUUUUGAUUGACUUUGGAUUUGCAAUACAAACAGAUAAAUUAUGUUCGGUUUAAUGUGGAACUCCUAAUUAUAUGGCUCCUGAGUUAUUAAUUAAAUAACCAUACAAUCCAUUUGCCUCUGAUAUAUGGGCAUGUGGAAUUGUAUUACAUUUAUUAUUAGUUGGAGAAUUCCCAAAAAAUAAUAAAAUAUCAAAUUCAAUUUCUGGACCAUUAUAAAAAAUUGUAUUAUCUUGUUUAGAUAAAAAUGCCGAAAGAAGAUGGACUGCCGACAAAGUACUAAAUGAACUCAAUCAAAUUAGUUAUUAAUGA